AUGACAGAUUGUGAGGGAUCGGAAAAAGCUUUGGCAAGAGAUGCAAAGGUUUCAACAUAUGAGAUUUAUGAUAUGCUUAACUGGAUGGAUGACAAGGAGCUUCACCCAGUCACCGAGCGAGGUCAUAAGUACUCUUGGACUAAUAAGGAGAAAGGGGAAAAGCGCACUUUAACCAAGAUAGAUCAUGCUAUAGGGAAUCUUCAUUGGAUGGACAAGUACAGUCAAGCGAGUGGAGGCUUGGAAGAUCAAAACUAUAGGACCUGGCUGGGGAUGCUUUGGUACAAGUUGAACAAUGUCAAAAUAGGCCUAAAAAGAUUGCACAGAAAGGAGUUCACAGGGAUCAAGGAAAAAAUUAAAAAUUGGGAAGAUAAACUUGAUAGUAUUCAAACUACAAUGCAAACCAAUCCCAUGACUAAAGACAUAAACCAACGAGAGAGAGAGGGAGAGAGAAGCUACAGUAAUCAAUUGUUGAGCAAGUGGCUCUAUACCGUAGGAGAGAUCCAUAACGAGAUCACCCAGUUCUACCAAAAACUUCAAGGUACAGUGCCUACUAAUCUUGUGAUGAUUGACAGGAACAUUAUGAGAGAGGGUCGCCAGAUUGAUGCCAGCAGCAUUCAGAUUCUUAUCCAGGAGGUGAGCGAGGGAGAGAUAAAAGAAGCGCUCUUUGGGAUGAAUGACAACAAAGCUCCAAGAGUCGAUGGGUUUAAUUCCAGCUUCUUCAAAAAGGCAUGGGAUAUCAUUAAGCAGGACCUUAUAAGUGCCAUAAAGGAGUUCUUUAAUAGUAAUAUUCUCUUCCCCCCUUACAACUACACUUCGGUUACGCUAAUCCCAAAAUCGAAUAAUACAAGUAAGGUGGGAGAAUUUAGAUCGAUUUCCUGUUGUACAGUUAUCUACAAGAUCAUCUCCAGAGUGCUAGUUAGGAGACUCCAAAAGAUGCCCAAGAUGUAUGAUCUAGAUGGAUCUGUGAAAAGCUUACGAUUCGAUCAGUUGGGUAUUUCUGUUCUCAAUUAUGAAAGAGAUGGGGUUUCCUCCGAAGUUCGUUGA